CGCCGGGAUGGGGUAGGGGCAGCGCCACGGAGUCGGGCGAUGGGCCGCCCUCUGGGCACCGAGCAGCCCCCCGAGGCCUGACCGAUCGCGAGGACCGGCGGAGGAGCCCCGCCUGGAUGUCAAGCGGAUGCCCCAGUGCCUCCCAGCGGACUCGGUGGGGACCAUGGCUUCGCUGAUGCCCCUCUCCCCAUAUUUAAGCCCCACGGUCCUCCUGCUGGUCAGUUGUGACCUGGGCUUUGUGCGAGCAGACCGGCCUCCCUCUCCUGUGAAUGUGACAGUCACUCACCUCAGAGCCAACUCGGCCACUGUGUCCUGGGACGUCCCAGAAGGCAACAUCGUCAUUGGCUACUCCAUUUCCCAGCAAAGACAGAAUGGCCCUGGACAGCGUGUGAUCCGGGAGGUGAACACCACCACUCGGGCCUGUGCCCUCUGGGGCCUGGCUGAAGACAGUGACUACACAGUGCAGGUCAGGAGCAUCGGCCUGCGGGGAGAGAGCCCCCCAGGGCCUCGGGUGCACUUCCGAACUCUCAAGGGUUCUGACCGGCUACCCUCAAACAGCUCAAGCCCAGGUGACAUCACAGUGGAGGGUCUGGAUGGAGAGCGACCGCUGCAGACAGGGGAAGUGGUCAUCAUUGUGGUGGUGUUGCUCAUGUGGGCUGCUGUAAUUGGGCUAUUCUGCCGCCAGUAUGAUAUCAUCAAGGAUAAUGACUCCAACAACAACCCCAAGGAGAAGGGGAAGGGGCCGGAACAGAGUCCUCAGGGAAGGCCAGUGGGGACAAGACAGAAAAAGUCCCCAUCCAUCAACACCAUCGACGUAUGAAUGAAGAAACAGAACCAGAAAACAGAUGCACUAGCAACCUG